GUUUUUUUCACAGAAUAUUGCUACAUUGACAUAGAAAUAAUUCCUCAUGACUAGCUUCCAAGACCUACCUCUAGAGCUCCUCGUGAUCAUUCUGGAAUGUACCGAUGAUGUCUCAACUCUACUUGACUGCUGUUUAGUUUCAAGAAGACUUGGUGCCAUAGCUCAGUCGGUCCUCUAUCAGAGUUUCGUCAAAAUCCUACCAUCUUCGCCACACUGUCUCCGGUAUCCACUGCCACUACUCACACGAACAAUCGUCUCCUGUCCCCGCUUGAGCGCAAACGUCCGGGACCUAGAUAUUGACGCUUCUGUCGAACAUGGUCCAGAAUAUAGUCCCGAAGGCGACAAGCCACGAGAUUCUGUCAAUACCUCGGGAACUGAUACUACAAGUGGACUGCUCGGUUUAUACAGUGGUGAUAUCAAGUUAUUUAUAAAAAAUCUCCAGGGAUUCCCGACCGUGCCCAGAGAUGCGUGGAUACGCUCUUUACACCUAGAACCCAGCGUUCUUACUCUGCUGCUACUUCUGCACAUGCCAAAUCUCAGACGCUUGGUCAUCUCUGUUGAUAAGCAUAGUUUGAGAUCGCUGAAAUCUAUCAUUCAACUAUCUCACGGCGGAGUACCUGGGCUGCCGUUUAUGAGCAAUCUGAGACGGCUACAUCUUCGAUGUCCUGGUGCCGAUCAAGAGAACCAGGUCGUACUCGGGGAUAUUUUGUCUCUACUGUCCUUCCCUUCUCUAGAACAACUGUGGAUUGAUAGGUGCUCCAAUGAUGACGCGGAUGAGUCCCUUUUGCCUCAGCUAUUUAAUAUCCCGCCAGGGACUCUGUCUCUCUCAAUGAUCUCCUUUCGACAAAGCUGUGUAAACGCCGCGAGCAUUCAGAUGCUUAUCCGGGCAUGCACAACAUUGAAAUCUUUCCGUUAUGGCAUUGGAACAUCCAACGGAACCCAGUUUAACCCCGAAGAGUUAUAUUCAGCACUCUAUGACCAAAAAAAUAAUUUGGAGGAAGUGCGAGUCAACCUUAGCAGCAUGGAACACGACUUCGCGCCUGCAUGGGAAAAUCGAGGCUUUGGUUCCUUUUAUGAGUUCGAUAAACUCAAAAUUUUGGGCGUGGAUCAACCGUUUUUGAAGAGACUGCCGGAUUUUCCGGGCUCGUUGCAGCACCUCCUUUUACAGUGCUGUCAGUCUCCUGUUUUUAAAACAAUAUCUCAUGUAGCGGCUCAGUCCACACAUGGCAUACUGCCGCUUUUGACUGAAGUGUCACUUUUCGGUGACGUUCUUUACCCAGGGCGAAUGCUGGAUUUACCAUCUCGAGGCGCGACUGACGUUCUUUUUGAUGCAUCCUGUCAAAAACUUUCAGGAUUGUUUUCGCACACGGCCGUUGAUCUCCAAUUUGAGGGUGACUUGUUGGAAAGGACAGCUGAUGAUUAUGACUUUGCCUUCACUUAUGGCAUCCCUGGCGCUUUUUGGCCGCUGAUCUAUCUCCUGUGAAAUAAAUGGAGUAUUGCCUACUAAUUAUAUCCAGCCGAAAACGAAAGGCUGGUCUGAACGAAAUGAAAAUGGGGAGAAAGCGAUUACAAUUUGUAAUUAUUAAUAGAGGAUAUAUAUUAGGUAUGGAUUUCGCAGAAGAGAAUAAUCUCAAGGCGUUUACGCGGACAGUAACUGAGACGUCCCAAAGUCUCAAAAUAAAGACAGCG